AUGUCAUCUUCAUCAUCACUAUCACUUCGCUCAGCUGCUGCUGCGGCGGCGGCGGCCCAUCAGAAGAAGGCAACCUCCGGCGCAGCGGCGCAUUGUGUCUCGUCAGUAAGCUUCCCUCGCACAGUCUGGGGCAAUGGCUUCCUCGACAAAGUUGAUCUGUCCUUCCAGGCGAAAGAAAGAUACCCAAACCAUGAAGUCCUGAAAGAAGAAGUGAGGAAGAUGUUGACAAAUGAAGUACAAACUACCGGAGAUGAAGAGGCAAUAAUCGCCGACAAGCUGCGCCUGGUAGAUGCAGUUCAACGAUUAGGUAUUGGGUAUCACUUUGAGCCAGAGAUUGAAAAGGCACUUGAAAAAGUACAUGAUAUGGGAGGAGACUUAUUCGCUAACAUCGGCGACAAAGGCACGGAUCUCUAUCAUGCAGCUCUUAGAUUUCGGCUCCUCAGACAACAAGGAUUUCCUGCUUCGCAGGAUGGGUUUAGAAAGCUGAAGAACAGUGAAGGGAGGUUCAAGGAAUGGGUGUCGAGGGAUAGACAAGGACUGUUGAGCUUGUACGAGGCAGCACACUUGGCAUUCAAUGGAGAAGACAUAUUGGAUGAAGCCCUGAAUUUUGCGACCAAGAACCUUAAGUCAUCAUCUGUCAUCCACCACAAUACCAACCCUAAUUCAUUCCAAAAGCAAAUCGACUUUGCUCUUCGCUUUCCUGCUUGGAAAUGUGUCCCAAGAUCACUUGCUAGGCACUCCAUAGAUAUUUAUUCUGAGGAUUCUUCGCAGAAUCUAAAGCUUCUCACGUUUGCAAAGAUGGACUUCAACAUAGUCCAAAACUUGCAUCAGCAAGAGCUCUAUGAAAUCUCUGGUUGGUGGAGAAGUUUUGAUGUGGCAACCAACUUUCCAUUUGUAAGAGACAGACUUGUAGAGUGUUAUUACUGGAUGGUUUGCGUUUACUUUGAGCCCAAAUAUCGAUUGGCAAGAAUUAUAAGCACCAAGGUCUAUCAUAUGUUGUCAAUCUUGGAUGACACGUGUGAUAACUUUGCUACAUAUGAAGAGCUUCAGGCCCUAUCGAAAGCUAUUGAAAGGAUGAAUGUUGGGGCUCUUGAAGAACUACCAGAUAGGAUGAGGAAUACUUAUUGUGCCGUCCUUGAUUGUAUGAUGAAAUCGAGAGGGAAAUUGGAAAAACGCGACCCACUUUCCCCGUGGAUUAUGCCAAGGACGAGCUCAAGAAACUGUGCGGAGCCUACUUAG